ACCUGGGUCCCGUGGGUGGGGGCAGGGCCUGGACACCUGGGUCCCAUGGGUGGGGGAAGGGCCCGGACACCUGGGUAUUCUGGAAGGGAUGCGGCCCGGACACCUGGGUCCCGUGCCUGGGGGCAGAGCCCGGACACCUGGGUCCCCUGGGUGGGGGGAGGGCCUGGACACCUGGGUCCAGUGAGUGGAGGAAGGGCCUGGACACCUGGGUCCCGUGCCUGGGGGCAGAGCCCGGACACCUGGGUCCCAUGGGUGGGGGAAGGGCCCGGACACCUGGGUCCCGUGGGUGGGGGCAGGGCCUGGACACCUGGGUCCCAUGGGUGGGGGAAGGGCCCGGACACCUGGGUCCCAUGGGUGGGGGAAGGGCCCGGACACCUGGGUAUUCUGGAAGGGAUGCGGCCCGGGAUCUUGUGAUUAGAGCGGGUGUGGAGCUGGGAGCCAGGACUCCUAGGGUCUCUGCCUGGAUCUGGGAAGGGAGCGGGUCCUGCAGAGGGCCGCAAGCCCGGACGCCUGGGUCCCACGCCCCCCUCUCCCCCCAGCUGCACUCGGACGUGGACCGGGGCGAGGGGCGGGUCAGGUACGUGCUGACGGGUGAGGGGGCCGGGACGGUGUUCGUGAUCGACGAGCGGACGGGGAACGUGCACGUCACCAAGACGCUGGACCGGGAGGAGAAGGCCCAGUACACGCUGCUGGCCCAGGCUGUGGACCGGGCCUCGAACCGGCCCCUGGAGCCGCCCUCCGAGUUCAUCAUCAAAGUGCAGGACAUCAACGACAACCCGCCCGUCUUCCCGCACGGCCCCUACCAUGCCACUGUGCCCGAGAUGAGCGACGUGGGCACGUCGGUGAUCCAGGUGACGGCGCAGGACGCCGAUGACCCGAGCUAUGGGACCAGCGCCAGGCUGGUGUACGUGGUGCUGGAGGGGCUGCCCUUCUUCUCCGUCGACCCCCAGAGCGGCGUGGUGCGCACUGCGACCCCCAACCUGGACCGGGAGGCGCAGGCCGAGCUGCUGGUGGUGAUCCAGGCCAAGGACAUGGGGGGCCAUGCCGGGGGGCUGUCGGCGAGUGUCACUGUCACUGUCACCCUGAGCGACGUCAAUGACAAUCCGCCCAAAUUCCCCCAGAGUUCUUACCAAUUCUCGGUGCUGGAGACGCAGCCGCCCGGCUCCCCCGUGGGGCGGCUCCGGGCCCACGACCCGGACGAGGGGGCCAACGCGCGGCUGAGCUACCGGCUGCUGGACGGGGACGGGCCCUUCGCCAUCAGCACCGACCCGCUGGGCCGGGACGGCAUCCUCACCAUCAGCCAGCCGCUGGACUUCGAGCGGUGCCAGGCCUACGCCCUGCGGGUGGAGGCAGCCAACACGCAGGUCGACCCGCUGUACAUCCGCCAGGGGCCCUUCAAGGACGUGGCCACCGUGCACGUGGCUGUGGAGGAUGCGGCCGAGCCCCCGGCCUUCGCCCGGCCCAGCUACCAGCUGGGUGUCCCCGAGAACAGCCCCCCCGGCACUGUGCUGGGGAAGAUCACAGCCUCCGACCUGGACACACCCAGCAGCGCCAUCCGAUACUCCAUCCUGCCCCACUCGGACCCCGGGCGGUAUUUCAGCAUCAGCCCCCAGGACGGGACCCUCCGCACGGCCCUGCCCCUCGACAGGGAGACGCUGGCCUGGCACAACCUGACCGUGGUGGCCACCGAACUAGACAGCCCGGCGCAGGCUGCGCCCGUCCCCGUGGUGGUCCACGCCCUGGACGUGAACGACAACGUGCCCACGCUGGCGCCAGGGACCGAGCCCUUCGUCUGCCACGGCACCCGGCCCGGCCAGCUGAUCCAGACCAUCUGGGCCCUGGACCGGGACGAGGAGGCGACCGGGAGUCGGGUGACGAUUCGCUCCCCCCCGGGGCUGGGACCCUCUGACAUCGCUGUGCAGGACAACGAGGACGGCUCAGCCGCUCUCCUGCUCCGGACACCACGGCUGCCCCCCCCGGGUGGCCCCCCCCUGCUGGUGCCCCUGGAGCUGGUGGAUGGGGGACGCCCCCCCCUGACUGGCACCCCCACCCUGACACUGAGCGUCUGCCAGUGCCGGCCCGACGGUGCCCUGCGCUCCUGCCAGCCCCCCCCCGCCACUGGCGCCCCCCCGGGGCUCAGCACCGCCGCCCUGCUGGCCAUCCUGGGCUGCGGCGCCAGCCUGCUCGCGCUGGCGGGGCUCCUGGCCAGGGGGCGCCCCAAGGGGGGGGCGCGGAUGGCGCCGGCGGAGCAGGACGAGGUGCGUGAGAACAUCAUCAGCUACGACGACGAGGGGGGGGGCGAGGCCGACACCCAGGCCUUCGACAUGGCCGCCCUGCAGCGGCCGCCCCCCCCCGCACUCCCCCCUGGCCCCCCCCACCUGGCCGCCUGCCUGGCCGCCCGCCUGGGCCGGGCUGACGCCGACCCCCGGGCCCCCCCCUACGACUCGCUGCAGGUCUACGGCUAUGAGGGGGGGGGGACGCCCUGCGGCAGCCUCAGCCCCCUGGGCUCCUCCUGGGGGGGCAGCGAGGGGGAGGGGGGCGACCCUGGUGAGUGGGGGCCCCUCUUUCACACCCUGGCCGAGCUCUACGGGGGCCAAGCGGGGCCCGCCUGAGGCCACGCCCACCUCCCGCCAUGCCAUGGGACCACGCCCAGCUCCCAGCCACUCCUGAGAGGCCACGCCCCUCCCUGUAGGUCAUGCCAGCGAGGCCACGCCCACCUCCCGCCAUGCCAUGGGACCACGCCCAGCUCCCAGCCACUCCUGAGAGGCCACGCCCCUCCCUGUAGGUCAUGCCAGCGAGGCCACGCCCACCUCCCGCCAUGCCACGGGACCACGCCCAGCUCCCAGCCACUCCUGAGAGGCCACGCCCCCUCCCUGUAGGUCAUGCCAGCGAGGCCACGCCCACCUCCCGCCAUGCCAUGGGACCACGCCCACCUCCCAGCCACUCCUGAGAGGCCACGCCCCCUCCCUGUUGGUCAUGCCAGCGAGGCCACGCCCACCUCCCAGCCACUCCUGAGAGGCCACGCCCCCUCCCUGUAGGUCUUGCCAGCGAGGCCACGCCCACCUCCCGCCAUGCCACUGGGCCACGCCCACCUCCCAGCCACACCUGAAAGGCCACACUCAACCGGUCAGGCCAGUUAGGCCACGCCCACCUGGGCCAUGUCCACAAGGCCACGCCCAUUUCCCAACCACACCUGUGAUCCCCCCCCAGGUCAUGCCAGCGAGGCCACGCCCACUUCCUGGCCACACCAGUGAGGACACGCCCACCGCCAGGCCACGCCUUGGCCGCACCUGCAGGCCCUUGCACUCUCCUAGCCACGCCCCCCAAGCAGGCCACUCCCACUUCCCCCCACACCCCCCCCAUGGCCCCUGCACCCCUGCCUCCCCCUCAGUGCUUCGCCCCCUCCCCCGCUCACUGGUGAUCAGCCCCCCCACUCCAUCCUUGCCCUGUGACCGCCUGCCCCCCCCCCCCGAUGAAUGCUGUAUCCAGCCCCCCUCCGGCUGAGCCCCUCCCACCCCCCAGCCGGGGAGCCCCAGGAAAUCCCAGGGGCUUGUGGGGGCCUCCCCGAGCCACUGGCCCCCGCUGCUCCCCCCGACCCCCCCCCGUGGAUUCUGCAUUGGGACGGUUCACGCCAGGGGAUACUGG